AUGCCCCCAACCCAAAUCCCCAUCCCCAAUCCCCCCCCGCGCGGCUUCAUCUUCCUCGAAACAGACCGCAUCUCCUCCCUCCCCCAAUCCGGCUGGAACCACGCCCUGGACGAAGUCUCCUCCCUCACGCGCAUCGCCCUCGGCACCCCCAUCCCCGGCGAGGGCCACGUCCCACAGGAUAGACACCUCUGUCUGGGGAUCGUGCCGUGGGCGCCCGUUCCCGGCGGGGCGGAGGCGCUGGACGCGUAUAUGGAGCAGGACAAGGCAGCGGGGACGAUGCUCGGGGAAGGGUUUCUGGAGGGGUUGAGGUGGUUGGGGAGGGAGGGGUUUGUGUUUGAUUUGGGCGUUGAUGCCAGGUCUGGGGGGUUGGGACAAUUGAGGGAGGCGGUUGAGAUGAUGGGGUUGGUUUACACAGGGGAGAAGCCGGUUACGAUUGUUAUUAAUCAUCUUUGCAAGCCGGAUCUUCGGUUGGAGGGGGAUGUGCGUGGGCGGCCUGAGUUUGUUGAGUGGAGGGAGCUUGUUACGAAGAUGGCUUGUGCGAGUCGGUCGACUUAUAUGAAGCUUUCUGGGGCGUUGUCGGAGCUUCCGCCGCUUGGGCGGGAGGAGGUGGAUUUUGGGGCGGUUGUGGAUCGCUUGCAGCCUUGGACGGAUGUUGUUUUUGAUGUCUUUGGUGCGGAGAGGGUUAUGUUUGGCUCGGAUUGGCCGGUUUGUAAUAUUGGUGGUGGUGGGAAUGAUGUUGCUUGGGGUCGAUGGAGACGUGUGGUGGAGGAGGUGUUGGAACGGAGGGGAUUGUCGGAGGAGCAGAAGAGAGGUGUGUGGGGAUCAGUUGCUUUGAAAGCUUACGGUAUAGAGAUCUAG